CGGUAAACUCCUCUCAGCAUCUGUAGAGAUGGGUGUAUUUGCAGUGCCCCUAGAUUCACUUUCUGUUUCUCAGAUACCAGCACAAAGCUGGUUUGGUUGCAUCUCCAGCACUUCACUGGGAGGUUUCAAUCCAGAUUAAAAUGGGUUAUGUUGAAGGAGUGAAAGCAAUGCUGUAUGUUGUUCUACACACGUUGGAGCUUUGGUCUUUUACACGCCCCGUGUAUGUUCCCUAAACCUACAUUUUGGUUGGGUAUUUUCCACAUGCAGGGAUAAGGAACCGAACCAAACCCCAAAGCUGAGUCUUUCAUUAUUGGUUGGUUGAUAAACCGUCUUAACGAGCUGUCGGAUGCCACUCAUCCAGAUUUCUCAUAGUGGUUGUAUCUGCAGCUGUAGUGCCACAAACUGAUCUCAUCAGAUCACAGGCUGAGCAGGGUUGGGUCAGUUUCACAAUAAUGUAAAACCUACAAGACAAACCCAGGGGGUUCCUUGCAAUGUUGCACCUACACUCUGGGGAAAAGUUCCGGGGCCCAUGUGCUUUUCUACUGCCGGUGUCGAUUUUCAGUUGAGACAUAAAAUGGAGACCUUGAUCAUUCCUACAAACGUGAGGGCGUGAGCCUCUGUCGAGCCGUGUGUAUGGGGCUGGCUGCUUGAGGGGUGAAAGAGACCGGGGGCCCUUCUCCAUCUUCCCUCCUCCUCAUGUUUGCUGCCUUCUGCAAGAACCCACUAUGUCGGAUUUGAUCAUCAACCUGGACUUGGGCCUCCAGCAGGCUCCCAAGAGGGGAACGGACAGCAACCAGAAACACCAGCGCUUUGUGAAACGGCGCCGUUUCCUGGAGAGGAGGGGUUUUCUGAAGCAGAAGCAGCUGCCGCCGCCCCAGCAUCAUCCCCCCAAAGGCCAGGUCUCCCAUCAGGACUCCCGCUCCUGGGAGAGGACCAAGAAGAAGUGGCUCGCCGAGGAUCAGAACUCUUUCCAGACAGAUGGGCUUUCCCAUCAGCCAAAAACCUUCCCCAAGGCAAAUAACCAUUGUUGCUUUGACCAGCCCAGCGCCACCACGGACUCUGGCUCCCCUCUGCCUUGUUUUCCAUCAGGAGCGAGGAAGGUGACGUGCAGAUCAGCAAAGGCCAGUGGGACCCCUGGGAACCACAGCGCCCAGCCCCUCGCUGGCGUGCAGAAAGCCAGCCUGCUGAGCGAGUAUGCCAGCGGCCUGCCCCCAGUGCCCCGGCCGGGCAAGCCCAGCAAAGUGGUGGCCAUUGACUGCGAGAUGGUGGGCACGGGCCCUGGCGGCCGGAUCAGCGACCUGGCCAGGUGCAGCAUCGUGAGUUACCAUGGCGACGUGGUGUAUGACAAGUACAUCCGGCCUGUCGACCCCAUCACCGAUUACCGCACCCGGUGGAGCGGCAUCAAAAAACAUCACAUGAAGAACGCCACUCCGUUCAAAACGGCCCAGAAAGAGAUCCUGAAGCUCCUAGCGGGGAAGAUCGUGGUCGGCCACGCCAUCCACAACGACUUCAAGGCGCUGAAGUAUUUCCACCCGAAAUCGGUGACCAGGGACACGUCAAAAAUCCCCCUGCUGAACCGCAAGGCCGGCUUCCCGGAGCACGAGUCGGCCUCGCUGAAACGCCUCACCAAGCAGCUACUGCACAAAGACAUCCAGGUCGGCAAAAACGGCCACUCUUCGGUGGAAGACGCCAAAGCCACCAUGGAGCUGUACCGGGUGAUCGAAGCCGAGUGGGAGAGGCAGCUGGCGCUGAACCCUGAGCAGGAGUGAGUGGCCUUGGGGCCCGCCCCCGUGCUGCCGAAGAAGGAGCAGGCCCCGAACCCCAGAGCAAACGAAAAGAGGGGAUCAGCAAAACGCAGGGUGGGAGGAUCCUAGGCCAGGCCGGGGAGUAGGAAUACGGACCAGCUGCCUGGGGCCAGUGAAAGCAGGCGAGGGGGAGGCGGGCGGGCAGCUGGGAGCCUCGUGCAGCGUUUCUGACGCAGGCGCCAGUCAGAGGCGCGAGGAAGUAGCAGCCAUCACGCGUCGCCUCCAGGUCUCUGUUAGCGCACGUGCCUCACCAAGUGCUGUCUCUUCCGUCUUGUCUUAACCCCGCAGGGGAACCGUGCUACCUCCCAGCUGGGGGGCCCACACUUUGCCCACCCCCUCCCCGGCGUUCCCUGCCCGGAUCACGCCGUGGGUUCUGCUAGCCGCCCCUCGUGUCCUAGAACCCGCUUGGUCCAGACUUCCAGGCGGGAUUCGUGCCCUCUUCCCAUGCGGACAGGCCCUGUGUCACGUUCUCGUUCUGAUCUGAUUUCCGUAGGGGGCAUGGGCCAGUCGGUGAGUUCGAAUCAGACCUUUAGGGGAGAAGAUCUCGGGGGCUGAAAGCGACGCUGGUAAAUAAACGUCUCCAAAGGGCCUUUCCCUGGGAAGGUUUCUGUGGCACCCCAGUGGUGUUUGGUGGCUUCUCCACCCCCUCAGCUUUGUUUUGGAUCAGAAGUAAGGGACUCUCAGAGUUCCCCCACCCUGGGGUGCAGGGGAGAUGGGUUGGCACAGCUGUUUGCAAGCCUCAGUGCCUCUAAGGGGCCUGAUGAACGGCCCUGCAGAGCCCCAGCUGGUCGGUCAGUGGCGCGCCACUGGCACUGCACUGAUUUAUCCCAGAGAAUCAGGUCCCAAAUUCCUAGACCCUGGGCAUCAGGGCCCGUGCCACCUGCCAUUGCCGGGGAUUAUGAGAUUCAAUCCUCCCCGGCCCGUUCCCUCCUUGGCCCCCCUGCUGAGGCUGGCAGUUACGCUGGAGACGGCGGUGGCUUGUUAAUGCGGGCAGCGGGCCGAGACCCACCAAACUCAUCUCACGCAGGGAGAAGGACUCUGCCGAGACGCCCAGCCUGGGCUAGAGUCAGGGCAGCAUCCAGCAGUGAGGCUCUGUACCCCGCCUUCGGUCCCCUGAGCCAGCUGGCACCAUCCCACAAUGGUGGCCUCUCUAGGGCAGCAUGGGGUUGCUUGGGCCACUGAAAAUCUCCAUUAGAGGUCACGGCCGCAGCUGACUCAUCUCUGCCCCCCCGCCCCCCCUGCUUCUGCGAGAGCUGUGCCUCAGCCUGGGGGAGCCCCUCUGGGUUGACGAUUCAUCUCCCAGCACCAGGUGUGUGGGUGGCAACCCGGAGCCGCUGCCCUCCCUGCCUUGAGUCCAGCAAAGGCCCUGAUCUUCUGACUCUAGCCAGGAGGCGCUCUACUACGAUUCCCAUCAGCCUCUGGGGCAGGGCUUGGCUGAGCAUGGAACAUGGGCAGGAAUGUCACUGUGGUGCUGUGGUUUUGGAACAAGACCCAGGGGGUGGCCCCGAGUUCGAGACAGCAACGGGUGGGAUCUUUGAGGUGGAGCAGCGUCCAAUCCGCAGUGCCCAGGGGCAGGCCACCAGACAGAGACGGACUUCUGGGUCUGUUCCAGCAGGCAGGACGUGGGUAGCAGAUGCACAGUCUGGAUGAGCUUAAGGAAAUCAACGGAGGUACCCGCUCCCCCAAACAACCCCCCAGUCUCCAUUGGCGGGCUGUGCCAAACAGGGAACUUUCGCUAUAAGGGACGAAGGGAGGAACUUCUUCAGAGACAAGUCUGCAGGAGAGGAAGCAUGGUCUAGCGGUUACAGCAGCUGCCCAGGGGGUUGGGAGGGUGGGGUUCUAAUCGCUGGGGUCAUUCUGGGUCCGAUUCGGCUCUCCUUUACAUGGGCGUAAGUCCCUUUGACUUCAGUGGAGCUACUCCUGAUUUACAUUGACGUGACUGACAAGCAACUCGGGCCCAACGGGUGACCUCGUGCAAGUCGCGCUGCUGCUCUGUGCCUCAGUUUCCCCACCUGUGAAAUGGGGAGGACGAUCCUGACCUCAGUGCGGUGCUGUGAGUAGAGCUGGCAAACGAUUUCCAAACCCACCGCUCUUCAUGAAUUUGACACACAAUUUCGGCCAGUCACCAGAUGGCGCAAGGUGGCAGUGGGAGUGGUGUUGCCCCGUACGAAGGGCACUCACCCGAGAGGUGGGGGAGACAGGCUCAGAUUCCCACUUCUGAAACAGACCUGAAAUGGCCUUUUUGCCACCGAACCCCAAAAGUGAAUUAUUCGCCCCGCUGGAGUUGUGAAGGAAAGUCCUUGGCGAUCCUUCACUGGGACGACUCUCAUUUGGCAGCUUGCAUUGCAAUUUCAGAUCUCUUUCAAGUAGAUUGGCACUGACUUCUUUAAAGGGCCGGAUCCUCUGGCAUGGUCAUUUCCACCAAUGCAAAGUGGGGGUGAAAUGCUGCCUGUUCUGUUCCGGUUCCCCCUUGCUUUGUACUGGUGUUAGUGAAGACAAGAGCAGCAGAGCGCUGGAGAACUGGAUCCCAGCUCUAGCAGUGGGGCAGCUCUGGGGCUCCGUGGUUGAGCCGUUCGGUGAGAGGGCUUGCCCAAGUAAUGGUUACUUGAAUUCGUCUUUGCCGUAGUGCUCGGACCAAACUGUUUGUCCGGGGAGCGGAGCACGGUGCUUUUCACAUACGUGUACAGCUCCGUGCGCGAGCAUCUUUCAAAAUUGGAAUGUUUCCGGGUCCUUUAAUCCCUGCAGCAAUGAACUGUUCGGUCCUUUGUGGGAGUGAAUUGGAUUGUUUGAAAAUGAAAUGUGUCACUUUUGAAAUCACUCGUAAAAAAA